AUGGACGACAUAUGCAGCGAUUGGGAGUCUGUUGAUGAGACCGAUGCAUCUAAGACCAAGAAACCGGCGCCGAAAGGUGCCAAGCCGCAAAAUCAAACAGCCCAGGCGCAGCAGCAUUCAUCAAGCCAAGCGCCGCCGCAGCAGCAUUCAAGCCAAGCGCCGCCGCAGCAGCAUUCAUCAAGCCAGGCGCCGCCGCAGCAGCAUUCAUCAAGCCAAGCGCCGCCGCAGCAGCAGCACUCAGCAAGCCAAGCACCACAGCAUCAGCAGCAGCAGGCUUCGCACAUAACGAAGGAGGGGCAACAAACGCAGACUAAAAGUGCAGCUGCCGAGAAGCAAGCAGCCAAGAAGAAGACAAACCCCACGGGGAAAAAGAAAUGA